AUAAGCAGGGUAGCGCGUCACGUGAUCGAAUUGGAGAGUUCUUCUCAGCGAGUCCGGUCAAAGUUCUGCACGACAACGUCAGUGUGAAUAAAGUUGUGUGCCUUUGUAUCACCUCUACACUGACUAGCGGAGGUAUGGCGGCGCUGGUGUGUGUGCUGGGCCGAAGGGCUCUCCUGAGGACGGCCGGACUCAGGGCUUUCAGUUGUGGAACCCCAGCUUUAUCAAGUGAUAACAUGGACGCCCCUCAAGCCAGUUUCUUUCCUGUACAGCCGAAUGUGAUGCUGCCUCCCAACACUUUUAAAGGAAAAGUUGCCUUCAUCACUGGUGGAGGUACAGGCCUUGGCAGAGGCAUGACAACCGCACUGUCUAGACUUGGAGCUGAAUGUGUAAUAUCUAGCAGGAAAUUGGACGUUUUGAAGGAAACGGCAGCUGAGAUCUCAGCAGAAACUGGAAAUAAGGUCCAUGCUCUUCAGUGUGAUGUCAGAGACCCAGAGUCUGUUAAAAAAGCCAUUGCUGAGAUGAUUGCGGUGGCAGGACAUCCAAGUGUUGUGAUAAACAAUGCUGCUGGGAACUUCAUCUCUCCUACGGAAAGACUAUCGGCAAACGCCUGGCGAACGAUCACAGACAUUGUUCUUAAUGGCACGGCUUACGUAACUCUUGAGGUUGGGAAACAGCUAAUUAAGGCCGGAAAAGGUGCGGCAUUUCUGGCUAUUACGACAAUAUAUGCAGAAAGCGGGACUGGCUUUUUAGUCCCUAGUGCUUCUGCUAAGGCAGGUGUAGAAGCUAUGUGCAAAUCCCUUGCUGCUGAAUGGGGAAAAUACGGAAUGAGGUUUAAUGUGAUACAGCCUGGACCCAUAAAAACUAAGGGAGCCUUUAGCCGCUUAGAUCCCACUGGAGCCUUUGAGGCUGAAAUACCAAAAAGAAUUCCCUGUGGACGCCUUGGAACAGUUGGAGAACUAGCCAAUCUUGCAGUGUACCUGUGUAGUGACUAUGCUAGUUGGGUGUCUGGAGCAGUAAUAAGAAUGGAUGGCGGUGAAUAUGUCUAUAUGGCUGGAGAAUUUAAUAGUUUGCAGAAGGUAACGCAAGAACAAUGGGAUAUAAUGGAAAAAUUAAUCCGGAAAACGAAAGGUUCCUAAGCGCAUUCUGUGCCGAUUCCAUUGACUGUUAAAGAAGAGUUUUGCGUUUUAUCUCCUAAAAUUCCUGUAACUUGCUCAUACAAUGCAACACUGUGAUUGUCCAAUAGGCCUAACCAAAAUGAUACUACUAUAAAAAUAAAAAAAAAGGACUUUGCUGAUCUUCAGUUCACCUAGAUCUAGACUGGUAUUAUUUAACAUUAAAAGGUCCGUCAGGAUUGUUAA